AUGGCUAAAUCCACCGCCGCCGGCAGCAUCUCCGCUGUGUCCUACUCACCAACGUCAUCAGUAUCUUCUUCUCCCACCAUACGAUUUCUUGGUCAACUCACAGUACCGGAAAAAUCGCCAGAUCUCAACAACAACAACAACGGUGGUCUCGAGUUCAACGAGAGCGAUGUAUUUUGGUCAUCAUCCUCCGACGUUUCAGACAUUCAGUCACCAAACGUUUCCAGUUCUCCGCCUAUUCACCGUCAAUACAACUCCGGCCUCUACGCUGCGUUAUCCGACGAUCAGCAUCCCUUGGUUCGACGGAAACCUGCGAUGAGUCCGUCCCAAUCCGCCGCCACGGCUGCUCGGACUAUACCUCCGGUUGCGCUUAGGCGUUCUUCGGAGCAUUCUCCCGCUUACCACCAGUCUGCGCCGGUGAAUGUGCCGGUUUGGCCGAAAAACAAACCGAUUAAUUAUUUAGGGCAAUUCGAUGAAGUGGCUGAUAACGCGGCGGAGGAGGAGGAAGAUGACGGGGAGAUGGUUCCGCCUCAUGAGAUUGUCGCGAGAUCGUAUGUGACGUUUUCUGUGUUUGAGGGAGCUGGUCGUACUCUCAAAGGGAGGGACCUGUGUCGUGUUCGCAACGCGGUGUUUCAAAAGACAGGUUUUCUUGAUUGA